UCGCGUAUAAAAGCCACACACCACACCAUAUGUUAUUUUAUACUGGAAAUCGUCGCUUAAUGCCUCGUGCCCACAGGACGCGGCAAGGCUUGCCGCGCGGCGGAAGUUGGCUGGGGAAUAUUUCGAUAGCCAAUCAACGUCUCGUUCGCCUGGAAGUGAUAAAUAUAUAAUUUCCGCCGCGCGGCAAAAGUUGGAUUGGGUUCAACUUUUGCCGCGCGGCGGAAACUGUGUCACAUCUGGUCACAUCCUGCGUAUAGGAAUUUGGGUGAUAAUUUCUAGCGUCAGAUAGAAAAGCAGCCUGCUAGCAGGACGUGCAGAAAAUAAUAUAUUAUUAAAAAAGUGCAAUAUUAUAUUUUAUAAAAUGAGUGAUAUCGAUGAUAUCGAAAUUUAUGAUAACAGCAAUAUAGAAGAGGAGAAUUGCUCUCUUUCUAAUAAUACUAAUACUUUCGAAUCUCAGAAUAAAAAUUUGGAUCAGGAAUAUUUCGAAAUAUUAAUUGGAGAAGUAUUUCAAAGAGAAGCUUUAUGGAACUCAUUGUUACCUUACAAAUUUAGAGGUCCAUCAGAAACAAAAACGUUAUGGUCCGAAAUAGAUGUCUAUUUAGGUACACCUGUCGGCACAAGUCAGACAAGAUAGAAAAAUUUGAGGGAUCGGUUUGUGAAAGAACAUACUUUACAAAAUACUUAUAUUCCUAGUGGCAGUGCAGCAAUAAAAAAGAAAAGCAGUUGGCCAUUAUACGAAAGUCUUCUCUUUUUAGUACCAACAAUAGCUUAUAGAAAAACAAAAAGUAACAUUGAAAAUGUGAAUCCACAAAUAAACAUGCUGCACUUUCAAGAAAACAAAGAGUGUUCUUCUAUUGUGACAAAAAAAAGGGAAGGCAAUGAAAGACAAGACAUUUCACUACAAUCAAUACCAAAAAAGAAAAGUAUACUAAAAUCACAACCCAUGCAAACUAGUUUACUAAAGUCACGGGAAACUUCUUGUAGUGGACCAAAUUCGUUAAAUUCAAGUAUUUGUUCAAACAAAGUUCCAAAAUAUGAUAAUGCAAUAUCUACUCCAGAUACUUCUGAUGCAGAAAAUCUUCAUGUAUCUGCACUUACAAAACGUAAAAGAAAAUCAAAACUAGAAAAUAUAGAUAAUCGUGUAGAAGAAGCUAUUAUACAAGAAUUACAAAAAACAAGACCGAUAAAUGAACUUCCUCACACAAAACCGGAUAAAAUUGAAACUUUUGUAAAAUAUGUUGAAGCGUGUCUUCGAGGAAUGCUUCCGGACACUUCCAAACGCAUAAUUAACAGAAUCUCACAAAUACUUAUGGAAGAAGACUUAUAAAAUGUUUUUCUUUAACAUUUUGGAAUACAGUAUUAUUGCAGUAUUAUAAAGCUAUUAUAAAGUUAUUUUAAUUUUAAAGUAUAAUUGUUUUUAAGAAGUUUAGAAUAUAACUUGUCAUUUUAAUAUACAUACAGAUAUAUUUAGUUUAUAAAUUUAGUGAAACAAUAAUGAUAGUUAUUUUUAAGAGUACAUCAUAAUGUACUAAAGAUAUAUGAUAUGUAAACGUGGAAUAAUGAAGAUUAUUUUUAAGAGUACAUAAUGUACUAAAGAUUUGUGAUAUGUAAACGUGGAAUAAUGAAGAUUAUUUUUAAGAGUACAUAAUGUACUAAAGAUUUGUGAUAUGUAAACAUGUUACUAGAAUAAUAAAAAUAAUUGUUUUUAAGAAAACAUAAUGUACCAAAAAUUUGUAAGACGUAAACAUAUCAUACUUAUUCGAACUUUAAUUAUAUUUAAUACUUUAUCGUCUGCGCAUGAUACCAUACUGCUGCAUUAUUUAUCGAACAUUAUUGCGUUCACUCUGAAUGUAGGGCCUGUAAACAACAAUUGAAAAAUACUAAUAAAGAUUAAUAGUAUCC